AAAUUUCUAUGCGGACCAAAACAAGACACGUUUCUCUCUCUCUGCGCUUCCCUCUCACUUCCAUAUUUCCUUCUCUUUGAAACCCUAACAAACUCUCUCUAUCUCUCGAUCUUUCUCGGAUGAUCUGAUGCUUUCUGUUUUAUCGCAAAGUCACAAUGCGAAUUCUGAGGUCACGGAGCUUCAGAGCCUCAGUCUCCGACUCCAAUUACCACUUCAAUGUAGGGUUCAGGCGCUUCGUCACCAGCUGUAGAGCCGUGGUGUUGCCGCGCUUUGGUGGGCCUGAGGUUCUGGAGCUCCGGCCCAAUGUCAACGUCCCUGAUCUCAAGCCCCAUGAGGUCCUCGUUCGCACUCGUGCCGUCUCCAUCAAUCCCCUCGAUACCAGAAUGCGAUCUGGCUAUGGUCGUUCGAUAUUUGAACCCCUUCUACCUCUUAUUUUGGGUCGUGAUAUUAGUGGUGAAGUUGCAGCUGUGGGAGAUUCAGUUCGGGGAUUGAGUAUAGGACAAGAAGUUUUUGGUGCAUUGCAUCCUACUGCUGUAAGGGGUACUUAUGCUGACUAUGCAAUUCUAUCAGAUGAGGAACUUGCACCAAAACCACCGUCAGUUACACAUGUGGAAGCAAGUGUCAUUCCUUUUGCUGCUCUGACUGCUUGGCGUGCUCUCAAAAGUACCGCUAGGAUAGCUGAGGGACAAAGGGUGUUAGUGGUGGGUGGUGGAGGAGCUGUAGGUUUGGCUGCAAUUCAGAUUUCAGUCGCCCAGGGCUGCUAUGUUACAACUACCUGUGGAAAGCAAAGUAUAGAUCGAGUAUUGGCAGCUGGUGCUGAGCAGGCUGUUGACUAUACUGAGGACAUUGAAUUGGUAAUAAAGGGGAAGUUUGAUGCUGUUUUGGACACCAUUGGUGGGCCAGAAACCGAAAGAAUAAGCAUAAAUUUUUUAAAAAGAGGUGGACACUACAUGACACUUCAGGGUGAGGCAGCAUCUUUGACUGAUAGGUAUGGGAUAGCUUUUGGGCUUCCAGUUGCUACAGCUGUGUUACUAAAGAAACAGAAUCUGUACCGCUGUUCUCAUGGAAUAGAGUACUGGUGGACUUACAUGAGAGCUGACUCAGAAGGGUUAUUUGAGAUCCGAAAGCUGUCGGAAGCUGGAAAAUUGAAUAUACCAGUGGAGAAAACAUUUCCCAUCACUCAAGUGAUAGAGGCUCAUGAGGCAAAGGAGAAGAAGCAGAUCCAUGGCAAAGUAGUGCUCAAAUUUGAUUGAUGAAAAUUACAGCUUGCACUGAUUUUGUCAAUUUCUUGCACAUUUUACACUAUAUUUGCCUUUAGCAUCUCUCCGUUGGUUACACUUCUCCAUACAAUAAGAACUGGCAGUUGUACAGGAGUUGCAAGUUCAGGGGUUGAAAAAGUCUUUAUAUCCGGUUGGCAAUCUGUAAAUGUUUGAGAAUGUUCUUGUGAUAAAUCUUUAAAAUUGCUCUAUUUUGUAAUUCAUUAGUCUGAUACAAAUCAUAAUUUUACAAGAUGAAGGAGUUUGCUUAUUAGACUCAA